GACACAGAAAUAGACACACAAAGAUGACUAUAAAGGCAGAGUUACCUGCUGCCAAUAGGAAGGCUAACAUAAAUUGAAGGCGUAUCUUGGUCAAGGCAAACUAGGUUGCGCUCAGCGCGAGAACUUGAUACAGAGUAACAGUAAAUCAGACGGACCUACAGUAUCAGCGUUGAAAUUUCCAACCCCGUUGAAAGUAUUUUUGGCGAGUGAGAGGAGCGAGUGAGAUCACUGCGGUCUCUCCCUUUUGAUAGACUUGUUGUUGGGCAAGGACAACGCAGGAUCUUUUUUUAAGGCACAGUUUGUUUUAUAAAGCACACUGGAAAUGUCCGAAAACAAGCCGAAUGAUGACCCGAAGUUAUCUACGACGGACAGGGUGGUCAAAUCGGUUCCGUUCCCCCCUAGUCAUCGUCUGACGAUCCGAGAGGUGUUCGACAAUGAGGGGAAGCCCAAGGUGGACGUGCUCAAGGCUCACAUGACUAAAGAGGGCCGUGUGGAGGAGAGCGUGGCCCUCAGGCUCAUCAGUGACGGAGCUGCCAUCCUACGAGCAGAGAAGAACCUGCUGGACAUUGAAGCUCCGGUGACAGUUUGUGGAGACAUACACGGCCAGUUCUUUGACCUGAUGAAGCUGUUUGAAGUGGGAGGAUCACCAGCAACAACACGUUACCUUUUCCUUGGAGACUAUGUGGACAGAGGGUAUUUCAGUAUUGAAUGUGUGCUUUACUUGUGGGCCUUGAAGAUUCUUUACCCCAAAACACUGUUUUUGCUGCGUGGGAACCACGAAUGUAGACAUUUAACAGAGUAUUUCACUUUUAGGCAGGAAUGUAGAAUUAAGUAUUCUGAGAGGGUGUACGAUGCCUGUAUGGAUGCCUUUGACUGCUUGCCUCUCGCUGCCCUCAUGAACCAGCAGUUCCUCUGCGUACAUGGAGGACUGUCUCCAGAAAUCACUAAUCUUGAUGACAUCAGGAAAUUAGACAGGUUCAAAGAGCCUCCUGCGUAUGGACCCAUGUGUGACCUGCUGUGGUCUGACCCCCUGGAGGACUUUGGGAAUGAAAAGAGCCAGGAACACUUCACACACAACACAGUCCGAGGCUGCUCCUACUUCUACAGCUACCCAGCAGUCUGUGACUUUCUGCAACACAACAACUUAUUAUCGGUCAUCCGGGCACAUGAAGCCCAGGAUGCUGGAUAUCGCAUGUACAGGAAGAGCCAGACUACAGGUUUCCCUUCACUAAUCACCAUCUUCUCAGCACCCAAUUACUUAGACGUGUACAACAACAAAGCUGCCGUGCUGAAGUAUGAAAACAACGUUAUGAACAUCCGACAGUUCAACUGUUCUCCUCAUCCAUACUGGCUGCCCAACUUCAUGGACGUCUUCAGCUGGUCUCUGCCCUUUGUUGGGGAAAAGGUCACUGAGAUGCUGGUCAACGUCUUGAGCAUCUGCUCUAAUGACGAGCUGAUGACCGAUGAGGAGAUGGAUGGACAACUAAUAUAUGCCCCAAAGAAAGGGGCCACCGCCUCUGCACGCAAGGAGGUCAUCCGAAACAAGAUCCGAGCGAUUGGCAAGAUGGCAAGGGUAUUCUCUGUCCUCAGAGAGGAGAGUGAGAGUGUCCUGACGCUAAAAGGCCUGACCCCCACUGGUAUGCUGCCCAGCGGAGUCCUGUCUGGAGGCAAGGAGAAGCUGCAGAAUGAAACUGCAGCUACUAUUGAGGCUAUUGAGACUGACGAAGCCAUAAAGGGAUUCUCGCCCCAGCACAAAAUCACAAGCUUUGCAGAGGCCAAGGGUCUGGACCGCAUCAACGAAAGGAUGCCCCCUCGCAGGGACACGCUGGCUUCAGACGCCAGUCUCAACUCCCUCAACAAGGCCCUGUCCUCCGAGACCAACGGCACGGACGUGAAGGCCAACACCAGCAGCAGCAACAUCCAGUGAACAGAACAGACAUCCUGCUGUUGAGGGUGGCCGGCUGUGGGGUAGGAGACGGGGGUCAUGCCACCCCCCCAUACUGCAGCAUGCUACAGCAUAGCCAUAGAAGACACAGAGGAUGCCCCCAUGGGUUACGUGAUAAUGGUGGAUCUGAGAAGCAGGGAGAUCUCAGUGUACAGGGUGCAACGUCUCCAACUUGUGUUGGGACGAUGCAGCACUUUCGAGUCUUUGAAUAUGCCUUUAAAACGUUUUUCUUCAGUAAAAUCUGGUAAGGUAUGGUUGGCUUUCAUCUUCAGAAUAGCCAAGGAAUGUGCUUUAUUCUGCACCACAGUGGGAAUGAGAGUGAGAAAUAUUCUCCAAAGGGAGAUUAUAUGAGCUCCUCACUCAUUUACUGGAUAAGGGACUUCUUACUAACUAUUGUACGUUUACAAAAAUACAGCACUAAACAGCAUCAAACACAUUUUUGACAUAUAAAGGUGUACAAACUAAAUAAGGACUAUUUAUUGAUUACUUUUUUUCCUACUCUUAUAAAAUAGCUCUGAGUUGAAUUAGGCAGUCUUAAAGAGAAUGUUGCAACAUUGUUGAAAUGCCAAAAAAUGUUAUAUGAUUUUGUACAGUUUAUGCUUACCUCAGGUUUAUUUGGUGUGUGCGUUAACAGGAUUAUAUGUUCAAUGGCUAA